AUGAAAUUCGAAAUACGUACAAUUGAUGAAAAACUAAAUAAUCUUACCCAACUUGUAGAAGAAAAUAAUAACAACUUGAAAUCCAAGAUUAAUGAAACUGAUAUUUCUGAUAAUUAUCAGUUUGAUGACAUAGACUUGCCGAUAAACUCAUUAGAUAUGUUGGACAAUCUUGAAAUAAAAUUAAUGAAUGAUAAAACUUAUCGUGCUCAUUUGGUAAAACGACUUUCGGCAAUCGGUGGAAAAACCAUUAAGAUUAUGGUCAAACGAAUUAUGUCUAUGUUGUUUAUGCAAGAACUUCUUUGUGAAUUUUCAUACAACGGGCGUGGCAAUAAAAAACAUAGUUUUUCUAAAUUAAUGAUCAAUAAAUUAAUUUUUCAGUCUGUUCAACAAAUCAAGAAGUUUUCUAUGAUAGAAACUUGUACUAAUGACAUAGAAGAAGUUAUUAAGUAUGUGCUGAUUCAAUCCCCAUUUAAAUUAAAAAAAAAACAGGAUUCUGUAGUGGUUACUACUAUGGCAAAUUAA